GCCGGCGGCAGGGCCCGCCACGCGGGUCUGACAAGGGUCAAUGGCGUGGCGGGGCCUGGCGGCCGAGUUCCUGCAGGUGCCGGCGGUGACGCGGGUCUACACCGCGGCCUGCGUGCUCACGACCGCCGCUGUGCAGCUGGAGUUCCUCAGCCCCUUCCAGCUCUAUUUCAACCCGCACCUCGUGUUCCGGAAGUUCCAGGUCUGGAGGCUGGUCACCAACUUCCUCUUUUUCGGGCCGCUGGGAUUCAGCUUCUUCUUCAACAUGCUCUUCGUCUUCCGCCACUGCCGCCUGCUGGAGGAGGGCUCCUUCCGCGGCCGCACGGCCGACUUCGUCUUCAUGUUUCUCUUCGGGGGCGCGCUCAUGAUCCUUCUGGGGCUCUUGGGCAGCCUCUUCUUCCUGGGCCAGGCCCUCAUGGCCAUGCUGGUGUAUGUGUGGAGCCGCCGCAGCCCCCGGGUGAGGGUCAACUUCUUCGGCCUCGUCACCUUCCAGGCGCCCUUCCUGCCCUGGGCGCUCAUGAGCUUCUCCAUGUUGCUGGGGAACUCCAUCCUAGUGGACCUGCUGGGGAUCGGUGUGGGCCACGUCUACUACUUCCUGGAGGACGUCUUCCCCAACCAGCCUGGAGGCAAGAGGCUGCUGCUGACCCCCGGCUUCCUGAAGCUGCUGCUGGAUGCCCCAGAAGAGGACCCCAAUUAUCUGCCCCUUCCUGAGGAGCAGCCAGGACCCCAUCUGCCACCCCCACAGCAGUGAGCCCCCCGCCCAGGCCUGCGACCACCCAAAUAAACACAGUGACCUGCAGCCUCCGGGCCUGGCACCCUGGCUUCCCUGCCUUGGCCUGGCCAGACCCUCUGUGCUGGGCAGGUGCCACUGGACAGCCAA